AGGCAUAUAAGGAGGGCUGUGGGCGAGCUAAGCGGCCUCUUCGCAUCGCUGCAGGCACGGAGACGGCGCGGUGUUGCCUGGCCCGGGGUGUAGACAUAGACAUAGGCGAGAGCGAAAGCGCAGCUCCUUGCAGACUGUGUGCGCCCGGCUGUCACCAUGAGUGAUCAGGCAUUGAGCUUCCUGAAGGACUUCCUGGCAGGUGGCAUCGCCGCUGCCGUCUCCAAGACUGCGGUGGCCCCCAUCGAGAGGGUCAAACUGCUGCUGCAGGUCCAGCAUGCCAGCAAACAGAUCAGUGCUGAGAAACAGUACAAAGGGAUCAUUGAUUGCGUGGUGAGAAUCCCCAAGGAGCAGGGCUUCCUCUCCUUCUGGAGGGGUAACCUGGCCAACGUGAUCCGCUACUUCCCCACCCAAGCGCUCAACUUCGCAUUCAAGGACAAGUACAAGCAGAUCUUCCUGGGGGGCGUGGAUCGGCAUAAGCAGUUCUGGCGCUACUUCGCUGGUAACCUGGCUUCUGGUGGGGCAGCUGGGGCCACCUCCCUCUGCUUUGUCUAUCCACUGGACUUUGCCAGGACCAGGUUGGCUGCCGACGUGGGCAAGGGUGCCUCCCAGCGUGAGUUCAGUGGUCUGGGCGACUGUCUCACCAAGAUCUUCAAGUCUGAUGGCCUGAAGGGUCUCUACCAGGGGUUCAGUGUCUCUGUCCAGGGCAUCAUUAUCUACAGAGCUGCCUACUUCGGAGUCUAUGAUACUGCCAAGGGGAUGCUGCCUGACCCCAAGAACGUGCACAUUAUUGUGAGCUGGAUGAUUGCCCAGAGUGUGACAGCCGUCGCAGGGCUGGUGUCCUAUCCCUUUGACACUGUCCGUCGUAGGAUGAUGAUGCAGUCUGGCCGGAAAGGGGCUGACAUUAUGUACACGGGGACAGUUGACUGUUGGAGGAAGAUUGCCAAAGAUGAAGGCGCCAAGGCUUUCUUCAAAGGUGCCUGGUCCAAUGUGCUGAGAGGCAUGGGUGGUGCUUUUGUAUUGGUGUUGUAUGAUGAGAUCAAAAAAUAUGUCUAAUGAAAUUGAAACUUCAGCUCAUUGGUUCACAGUGGACUUGGAUCACCAGUUCACAGAUCCAUCAUGUGGUUUAAUAGGCAAUUCUGGGGGGGAAGUAAAAAGAUCUGGGAUAUGACCAGAUUGAAACACCUCAGAAAAAAAAAAGGCUCAUUGAGUGUUCAUUAAACCACAAAUGUAUUUUGUAUUUAUUUUACAUUUGAAUUCCCACAGUGAAUAAAGAACAACUACUCAUACUUGUUUAACUAAAUAACUGAUAAUGAAGAACUGAAUGUAAAACAUCAAUAAAGAUCACUUAAUGCGC